AAGAAAAAAGUUUAAUAUUAUUGUAAAAUGGAAGAAGUGACAGUUGUGAUCGUCGGCGCCGGCCCUUCUGGCCUGGCCACCGCCGCCUGCCUGAACCAUCUCUCCAUUCCCAAUGUCGUUCUUGAGAAAGAAGAUUGCCAUGCCUCACUGUGGAAGAAGAGAGCUUACGAUCGCGUAAGCCUUCACUUGGCCAAGGAAUUCUGCUCCCUUCCACUCAUGCCGCACUCACGCUCGACACCGACGUACAUGCCCCGAGCCACUUUUGUCAGGUACUUGGACAAGUACGUGGAGAAGAUGGGGAUAAAGCCGAGGUACAUGAGGAGUGUGGAGGAGGCGAAGUGGGAAGAGGGGGAGAAGAGGUGGAGGGUGGAGGCGUGGAACGGGGCGACGGGGGAGAGGGAGGAGUACUCGGCCGAGUUUCUGGUGGUUGCGAGCGGAGAGAACGGGUUGGGGAACGUGCCGGAGGUGGCGGGGAUGGAGAGCUUCGGCGGAGAGAUUAUUCAUUCGAGUAAGUAUAAAAGUGGGAGAGAAUUUGAAGGAAAAGAAGUUCUUGUGGUGGGAUGUGGGAACUCUGGGAUGGAGAUUGCUUUCGAUCUCUCUAACUAUGGAGCUCACACCUCCAUUGUUGUUAGAAGCCCUGUAAGAUCUCUCUAUACAUUCUCCAACUUAACCUUCUCUCUCCUUUCCUAAG